ACACACACACACAGCUCAUCUCCUCCUCUUCUCCUCUCUUCUCUCUUGUUUCAGUCACAAGACGACUUACCCAACAAAGCAACUUCGCUUCACGAGCUCUCUCCUUUUCUCUCUCUCCGUGACGCAUUUGAUUCUCGAGCUUUCUCGUUUCUCCCUUUCCACAGAGACUUUGGUCGGUGAUGGUGAUUAAGAGCAGAUGAAAGUCACCGGAAAGCCGUAUCCGACGGCGACAUUACCGACCUCAAACCCCGAGACCAAUCUUUUCACCAACCCUCCAGAUCUCAGGGCUAUACAGAGAGCUACCACAGUCACUAAACGCAGAGCUAGGAACCCGAGCUUGACACGUCAGCGAAGAUCCGCCGCUCCCGGCGGGAGAAGAAGCCGGCCGGAGACUCCUCUUCUGAAAUGGAAAGUCGAGGAUCGGAAAACAGAGAGAGGCGGCGUUGUUGUUGAAGAAGAAGACGAUGAUUACGAGGAUGAGAGAGAGACUAGUACGCGCCGCAAGGAUCGGAGGAAAACAACUCGGCCGGUCUCGGUUAGGAAACUCGCCGCCGGGCUAUGGCGGUUGCAGGUUCCAGACGCGGUGGUUAGCGGCGGAGAGAGGAAGGUGAAAGAGGGAUUAGGGUUUCAGGGAGGUGUUCCAUAUCUUUAUCACCAUAGCGACAAACCUUCUGGUGGCUCAAACAACAGGAUAAGACAGAAUCCUAGCACUGUUGCUACCACAAAGAAUGGAUUCUUGUGUACGCUCGAGCCUUCAAUGCCAUUUCCCCACUCGGCGAUGGAAGGGGCGACAAAGUGGGAUCCUGUCUGCAUGGACACAACGGAAGAAGUACACCAAAUCUACAGCAACAUGAAGCGUAUUGAUCAACAAGUGAACGCUGUAUCACUGGUCACUUCCCUCGAAACAGAGCUGGAGGAAGCACAUGCUCGCAUUGAGGAACUCGAGAGCGAGAAGCGGUCUCACAAGAAGAAACUCGAGCAGUUUUUGAGGAAAGUCAGCGAGGAGAGAGCUGCUUGGAGGAGCAGAGAGCACGAGAAGGUCCGUGCAAUCAUCGACGACAUGAAAGCUGAUAUGAGCAGGGAGAAGAAAACUCGUCAGAGAUUAGAGAUCGUGAAUCAUAAACUAGUCAACGAGCUUGCGGAUUCCAAGCUAGCUGCGAAGCGUUACAUGCAGGACUUCGAAAAGGAAAGGAAGGCUAGGGAGCUGAUCGAGGAAGUUUGUGAUGAACUCGCUAAGGAGAUAGGAGAAGACAAAGCUGAGAUCGAAGCGUUGAAGAGAGAAUCAAUGAGCCUCAGAGAAGAAGUUGACGAUGAGAGAAGAAUGCUGCAGAUGGCUGAGGUUUGGCGUGAGGAGCGUGUUCAGAUGAAGCUUAUUGAUGCGAAAGUAGCGUUAGAGGAGAGGUACUCACAGAUGAACAAGCUUGUAGCAGGUUUGGAGUCUUUCCUUAAGUCAAGAGAUGAUGUUAUUACAGAUGUGAAAGAGGUGAGAGAGGCAGAGCUGUUAAGAGAGACCGCUGCUUCUGUUGAUAUCCAAGAGAUCAAGGAGUUUACGUAUGAGCCUGCAAACCCUGAUGAUAUCUUCACUAUGUUGGAAGAGAUGAAUCUUGGUGAGGGACAAGACAAAGAAAUGGAGAAACCUGUUGCGUACAGUCCAAAAGGGAGACAUUCAGAUGCUCUUACUCACCAGAAUGAAGAUGAUGAUAGCGGAUGGGAGACAGUGAGCCACGUGGAGGAACAAGGAUCUAGUUACUCACCGGAUGGAAGCAUACCUUCGGUGAACAACCACCAUCACCGGGAGAGCAACGCGUCAAGCGGUGGGACAGAGUUCUUGGGGAAAGGUUGGGAAGAGACAAUGAUGACUCCGACUACAGAGAUAAGCGAAGUGUGUUCUGUUCCAAGACGGUCAACCAAAAAGGUUUCAUCAAUAGCAAAACUGUGGAGAUCAUCAGGUGCAAGCAACAAUGGAGGAGAUAGAGACAGUAACAGCUUCAAGGUGAUAUCAAUGGAAGGUAUGAACGGAGGAAGGGUUUCAAAUGGGAGGAAAUCAAGCGUGGGAAUGGUUUCAUCACCAGAGAGAGGCUCGAGCAAAGGAGGGUUCAGCCCGAUGAUGGAUCUGGUUGGACAAUGGAGCUCUUCACCUGAAUCUGCAAGCCAUCCUCAUGUGAACCGAGGAGGAAUGAAAGGUUGCAUAGAAUGGCCUAGAGGUGCGCAGAAGCAUAGUUUGAAGGCAAAACUCAUUGAAGCAAGAAUUGAAAGCCAAAAAGUUCAGUUGAAGCAUGUCCUUAAGCAGAAGAUCUAGGAGACAGAAUCUGAUCUCUCACCGGGCUGUGAUUCUGUACGAAGUAAUAAAUGUUCCGGUGAAGCAGUCAGAAGCCAGCAAGCAAGACUGGAGUUUUAGAUUUAUGUAUGUCCUUUGGUCAUUAGCAAUUAAGCAAAACUGUGUACUAUAAUAUUGUUAUCUCAUGGAAGAUAAACCUUUUAGCAGAGUAAGAGAAUGUUCCUUAGAAACAUAUUCAUUAGAUUAUAUAAUAUAUUCACGUUGCAAUU